UUCCAUAAUACAAGUGGCAAAGUAGGGCUAGGUUCUUUCCAGGUAAUGAACUUUAAAAUUUUGUCAUUCGAUGUCAUUCGGAGACAUAAAUAUCCCGAGCAAAGCCUUUGCGCCUCACUCACCUCUGGCUCGUUCAGCGAAGCACAGGAUCUGAUUCCACAAUGGUCAGCGUCAAGGAGGUUCUGGUCGUGUUGGUCUUGGUGGCCGCUGUGGCCGUCUCCCCCGCCGAUGCUGUUCCGACGAGACACAAUCGGCCCCGUCCCCAGCCCAGGCCCCGGCCGGGCACGUGCCCAGAUACGAGCGACGUCAUCGGCCCCUGCGUCAUCACGGAGAGGAACUGCUUGUCGGACACUCAGUGCGCACCCGGCCAGAAGUGCUGUCCGAUCGGCUGCGGCAGAGAGUGCCUGGCUGUAGGUCCUCCUUACGGAAACGGAAGAAGGUAAAAGGAGUAAAAAAAAUGUCAUGCUGAUGUCAUCGGUUCUCUGCGUCUUCCUGGAAAGGUUAUUGAAGUGUGUUGAUUUAUUGCAAAUAAAAUUGAUGUUUAAAA